CCUCGAAUUUCUCUGAAGCGACAUUAUUCGGAAAGGAAUCAAAUCGAACUCCAACGCUCGCAAUAAAAUCGAUGCCUAAAGGCGACAAAAAUAGAGGUAAUUUUUCUUCUGCGAAAUACAACACCGCACCUUACAGGAAGCCUGCUCGAAAUUCUAUCCCAUCCCAUCCUAUCCUGUCGUACUAAAAUACUAUACCAUCCUAUUCUCUUCUACUCCGAUCCAUUUCAUUUCAUUGAUUUCAUUUCAUUGCAUCCCAUCCAAACGAUCAAUAGCAUGUUGCCGAUCGUAAACCAACAAUCCAAUCGGUCCGUUCAAGCCAUUACAGUUGGAUUUGAUGGCGUGGUUCGACCUGCUGGAAACAGCAACAGAAAUAUCGACAGUACCAGAAGCAUCGACAGCACCAGCACCAGAAGCACCGUGAGUGACAGCAACAGAACCGGCCGCAGCAACACCCAUAGUAGCAACAUUUACGGCAGACACAGCACCACCAACAACGGCAAUAACACUACCAUUACCACCAACAACAACGGCAAUAACACUACCAUUACCACCACCACCAACAACAGAGGCGAUGGGGUCGCUACCCUUGGUUCCGAAGUCGACUACGAGUACAACCAAUACAACCAAUCAGUUGGCAACACUGACCGCAAAAACAACAUGGUGUCGUUUUCGGAUGCCCCAGCAGCUGCAACCGCUUAUGGUUACAACAACCAAUUCAACGACAGCAACCGAAACCUCCAAGGCAGCGGACAAAGAAGCGACAGCUUCCACACGCCCUUCCGUCGGCGCUCCUCCCUGAGCGCGAACGAAAGGCAGAGACUCGAUAAGCUGCACGAGAAUAAUCCCUUGGAAUUUAAAAACUGGGGUGGGAGAAAGUCCAUAACCCGCCAGGCCAGCAUCUGGAGGAUAGUCAAGGAGAAGGCCCCCCAGCUCGAGGAGUCCAAUCGGAAGUUUGACUCGGACGCGGGCUCGAAGCUCUCAAUGAAGGUCGAGGAAGAGGGUAAGAUGCCAAAGCCCCCCGGUUUCUGGACGCGUGUCAUUCGCUUCUUCAUAAAAGACAGUACCUACGAGGGGCUAAUCAAGAACGACCAGCUCCGGGAGCGCAUCGCGGAACAAUGCGAAGAACCAUUCUACCGUAUCCUCUUCCACUUUCGGGGGACCGUUCUGAAGGUGAUUGCGACCGAUGUUUUGUUCUGGRGCACAAUUGCUGUAAGUGCGAAGUGACCUUGUGCUGCGCGGCGUUCUGCAUUCUUUUGCUGAUUCGAUUAGAACGUUGUCCUUUCUCUUUUUGGACUCGAUUUUUCGAUUCAACUCAACUCAGCUCAAAUCAAAUCAUCUCAUCUCAACUCAACACAACCCAACUCAACUCACACGAUGGGAAAUGGUUUUGUUUCCUUCCUCUUUUCUUUGUGGCUCUCAUUCUUCAUCUCUAUAGAUAUUUAUUGGUAAUCGUUGGUACAUUCAUUUCAAAUCCAUCCAAGAAAGUAUUGAAAUUUAUGAGAACCUAGCUUCAAAUCUUGUCUAUGUUGGUGGUUUCAUGACCUUCUUUUUGGUCUUUUAUGUGAAUCAAAACCACGCCCGUUAUUUUGAACUGCACAAGGAGGCAAUGGUGUURAUGGGGCGUGUCAACGACGUGGCAACAAUGUCAAAGGCUUGCAUGCCCAUCGAACGGGCUCGUCGGAUUGUCCGCUACAUGAAUAUAGCCCACAUCUGCACCUACACGGGGCUGUCGGGAUACUACAGCAGGGYCAAUCUUCUUGAUCCUUUGGACCASCGGUUUGCCCUAMUGACCGAUGCUGAGUACCASCGCAUCACGRUCGACAUCAAUGCCGAUUGCGGGCCACAGGCGGUUUUUGAGGUCCUGGCGUGGGCAAUGAUGGAUAUUCGCGAAGCAAAGGACCAUGGGUGUAUCGAUCCCAUGGAGGCAAAGCAGCUGCGGGAUCAGGUCCUGAAGUUCCGGAGCACCGUUGCAAAAAUCUUCGUCACCUGCACGCUGCCGAUUCCCUUCUUUUAYAUCCAUUUCCUAUCGCUGCUAACUGUGUGCUAUCUACCCCUCUUUGCCAUUGUGGUUGCCYAUGAAACAGGGGACUUCAAUGCAAGCUGGCAACAUGAGRUACUCUCGUUGYUGGUGGUGGCCCURCAGGCCCUGUUCACRAUCGGUCUGAGGUCGCUGGGUCAGAAGCUGAGCGAUCCUUUYGGGAGCGACACGAUCGAUUUGCAGGUGGYGCGGUACSUUKUGAUGAUUGUGAAAGGGUCRAACCAGAUCCUUAGCGCCACUAAGGUGCCAGGGGUCUCAARGAUCGUGGAACGAAAGCUCAAGGAAGACAUGACCUYCMUUGGAAAGGCMUACGAGCGUACCGAAGACGAGGAAGGAAACAUCUGUUUGUAACCAAAGGGAGAAUGGAAUUCAACCACAGUCCAAUUAUAUGAUAUUUCACACACGGUGUUGAUACAGUUUCACGAGCUUACUCKUUGUGGAGUGGUAGUAUUCAAUACUCAUGACACGAUAGUUUGAUCUUCGAACUAAAACUGCACGGCACCUCUUUUAAGUAAUGAUUACUUGUAUAUAAAAAUAAUGUUUCAGG